UUGUUCCACGCUCGGACUAGGUAUUCUCGGGGCGUCAGAGAGGGAGCGAAACUGAGCUGUUACAGGCGAUCACCACUCAGGGAGACGCUGCCUUCACUCACUGACGAGUCCUUUACUGGCGCUUUUCUAGUCAGUAGCUCUACGUUUAAUCACAGAAUCGUCUUGUUUUAGGAGUUAGUUUCAGCAGAGCGCACACGAUGGCUGAGAAGAUCGACAUGGAGCCGAGCAAGGCGUCCUCCGAGGAGGUUUACCAGGACGACCCGGUGUCCAACGGGCUGGGCCCGGUCACCACGGCCGUCCCGGAGACGCUGCAGCAGCGGGUGCGGAGGAUCGUCCUGGCCAACCUGCUGGUCAUCCUGACCGUGGCCGGAGUCAUCGUCGGAGUCAUCAUCGGUAUGGCGGUCCGCAACACGGAGCUCACCCGGACGCAGGUCAUCUACAUCGGCUUCCCCGGAGAGCUGCUCAUCCGCCUGCUGAAGAUGAUCAUCAUCCCGCUGGUGGUUUGCAGCCUGGUGUCCGGGGCGGCGAGCAUCGACCCCAAGGCCCUGGGCCGGCUGGGCGGCUGGGCCAUGCUCUUCUUCCUGGUCACCACGCUCCUGUCCUCGUCUAUCGGCGUGGUGAUGGCGUUCAUCAUCAAGCCCGGCUCCAACACGGGCUCCAAGCCCCGGGUGGCCGGGCUAGGGGACGCCGUGCCGCAGCCCAAGGAGAUCAUCGACUCCUUCCUGGACCUCAUCAGGAACCUCUUCCCCUCCAACCUGGUGUCGGCGGCCUUCCAGUCGUACGGAACCGGCUACAGGUUCAUCACCACCAACGGGACCAACAUCACCGUGGAGAAGGUUCCCAUCGGUCUGGAUCAGGACGGGAUGAACAUCCUGGGUCUGGUUGUGUUUGCCAUCGUGUUCGGCGUGGCCCUGAGGAAGCUGGGGGAGGAGGGGGAGAUCCUCAUCAAGUUCUUCAACUCCUUCAACGAGGCCACCAUGGUGCUGGUGUCCUGGAUCAUGUGGUACGCCCCUGUGGGCAUCAUGUUCCUGGUGGCGGGUAAGAUCGUGGAGAUGGAGGACGUGGCCACGCUGUUCUCCAGCCUGGGGAAGUACAUCGCCUGCUGCAUGGUCGGCCACGCCAUCCACGGCCUGCUGGUGCUGCCCGCCAUCUACGCCGUCAUCACCCGGAAGAACCCCUACACCUUCCUGUGGGGCACCUUCACCGCGCUGGCCACCGCCUUCGGCACCUCGUCCAGCUCGGCCACCCUCCCCCUGAUGAUGAAGUGCGUUGAGGAGAACAACGGUGUGUCGAAGCACAUCAGCCGCUUCAUCCUCCCCAUCGGCGCCACCGUCAACAUGGACGGCGCCGCCCUCUUCCAGUGCGUGGCGGCCGUCUUCAUCGCCCAGCUCAACAACAUCUCGCUCAACUUCGUCCAGGUCAUCACCGUCCUAGUGACGGCCACGGCGUCCAGUGUGGGCGCGGCGGGCAUCCCAGCGGGCGGCGUCCUGACGCUGGCCAUCAUCCUGGAGGCCGUGGGCCUGCCCACCAACGACAUCUCCCUCAUCCUGGCCGUCGACUGGCUCGUAGACCGUACCUGCACCGUGAUCAACGUGGAGGGCGACGCCUACGGCGCCGGGCUCCUGCAGCACUUUGUGGACAGCCAGGCCAAGAAGGAGGAAGGGGCGGAGCUAAGCGAGGUCAGGCUGGGGGACCACCCCCCCAGUGCCGCCCCCGAGAGCUCGCCGCUGAUGGGGAAGUCCGGGGGGCCGGGGGAAAAGGAGUCCGCAAUGUGAUACCCGCCUCAGGCUCCAGCCAAUCAGGAUCCUGCUCAGUCCCCGUCCCGCCUCCCGCCUCAGUAGAGGGCGGGACAGGGACGAACUGUCGAGAGCGGCUUCCUGCAGGAUACCGCUCACAGGAUGUUUGGUUUUUUAAGGGACAGUUUUCUAUUUAUGAUUUCAAAUCAUCGUUUGCCUUCCAAAGUACAUCAUUUCUGCCAUUUCUUCGUCUUUGACGACGAUUAAAAAGCACAUUCUUCUCUGGUGGACAAAAGCUUUCUAAAGUUUGAAGCCCUUUACUUGGCAGACCCGUCUGUAUUCUGUACACACCAAAUACACGCACGCACACACACGCUUGGACGCACACACAGCCGCACACUACCGAUGGACCUACGAGCUGCGCUGCCACUCCAAAGAAGGGCUUGCUGCUGUGGCAGGUCGAAGGUCAGGACCCUGGAACCCCACGGCCUCCAGCACCAGCACCCUCCACUGGGGGUCGAGGCUUCUGUUAGGGCGCAGUCGCACUACCUCUGUCCGUCGACGGAUCUCACUGACUGAAAAAUGUUCCGCUUUUGAGGCAGUGACGGAUCCAUCGGCCAAUCAGAUCGUGUUAUGCAAAU